AUGGAAAAGAAUUAUAAGAACGUCUCAUCUUUUGAGAUUCAAAGCAAACAAGAGUUGAUUCUUGACAUUGAUGAACACUAAUAGAAAGAGCAUAGACAUGACAAAUCGAUUGACACUGAAAAUAACAAGAAAGCUUCUGAUUUUUAAUGCUUAAUGAUAUCAAUCAAACUAUUCUUUGGACUAUCUUACUUAUCAAUACCAAAUACUUUUUCAUUGGGUGGAGUCAUUGGAGGAACUGUAAUGCUAACUGUGGUUGUUUGCCUCAACCUUAUAACUAUGAUGCAAGUUCUUUCUGUUGGAAACUAACACCCAGGAGUAAAAUCUUAUUCAGAGCUAGGUUAUAAAGUAUUUGGGAAGAGAGGCAAAGUAUUAGUAGACCUAUGUAUUUGCAUAACUUAGUUAUCCUGCUGUAUUGCAUACUAAUACUUUACAGCUUCCUCUAUUGAUUUUAUCUUAUGCCAAGCUUCUAAUAACAAUCACUGCUAUGGAAACAGGCUAUUCUUGAUAUUGAUAAUGAUUCCAGUGAUAUUUUUGAGCUUCCUCAGCUCAUAUAAGGCUUUAUCAUACCUUUCUAUUCCAUCAGUCAUUAUUGCAGUAAUGGGUAUUAUUACAAUAUUCUCGUACUCUAUCGACAAAAUCAAGACCAAUGAAUAAGAACCUUUUGAGGAUAUCCAAUGGUUUAACCUUUCAGCUGUACUUGGAAGAGUUGGUAUUGCGAUGCACAUAUUCAGUGGAAAUCCAUCAAUACUAAAUAUCUAGAGCGAAGCUAGAAAUAAGAAAAGGUACCCAACUCUCCUCAAACUUGGAGUACUAUUUCUUUUAAUCCUCUACUCACUAUAUGGUACAGUAAGUUACAUAGCUUAUCGAGAGAAAACUCAACCUAUAUUUAUCAUGAGUAUGGUUCCUAUGGAUAAGUUCAUUUACUUUGUCUUUUUGUGUUUUGCUUUCAAUUCAAUGACGUCCUAUCCUGUUUAGAUCCUGACAGCAUUCCAAAUAGUAGAGAAACUUGAGCUAUACCAAAACAUUCAUGCACCUUAUCAUUUAAAGAGAUAUCUCUCCAGAACCUUGAUUAUAAUAUCUGUGACAUGCAUAAGUUUAAUCGUACCCAAUUUCACAGAUUUCUUAAAUAUAUCUGGGUCUGUGGGAGCAACAUUUUCAUGUUUCGUGAUUCCCUAGCUUUUGUAUAUGAGUUAGUACAAGGAAACUAUAAAGUUAUAUGAGAAGAUCGGAUGUAUAAUGCUUUUGUUAAUAGGUAUUAGUGGAAGUGUGUUUUCAAUACACUUCACAAUUAAUAGAAUAAUUCAUGGUGAUAACCAUUGA